AUGAACAUCCGCCGUGCUCGGCCAGAUGACCUGAUGAACAUGCAGCACUGCAACCUGCUCUGCCUGCCUGAGAACUACCAGAUGAAGUACUAUUUCUAUCAUGGCCUCUCUUGGCCCCAGCUCUCCUACAUUGCUGAGGAUGAGGAUGGGAAGAUUGUGGGGUAUGUCCUGGCCAAGAUGGAAGAGGAUCCUGAUGAUGCCCCUCAUGGGCAUAUCACCUCACUGGCUGUGAAGCGCUCCCACCGGCGCCUUGGCCUGGCCCAGAAGCUGAUGGACCAGGCCUCUCGGGCCAUGAUUGAGAAUUUCAGUGCUAAGUAUGUGUCCCUGCAUGUCAGGAAGAGCAACCGAGCAGCCUUGCACCUGUAUUCCAACACCCUGAACUUCCAGGUUAGUGAGAUAGAGCCCAAGUACUAUGCGGAUGGAGAAGAUGCGUACGCCAUGAAGCGAGAUCUCUCACAGAUGGCAGAUGAGCUGAGACGGCAGAUGGUGCUGAAGAAGGGCAGAUACGUGGUUCUGGGUUCCAAGGAGAGCCAGGGCAGCACACUUCCUGGUUCUGAAGAGGCCUGUCAGCAGGAGAACCUGGACGAAGAUGACAGUGGCAGUGACGACAAAGACAGCACUGAUGUCCACGACAGCUUGCAGGACUUGGAGUCUACCUCCUAGAGUCUGCUUGAGCAUUGCGGGUC